AUGGACGACGAGCGAUUAUCCAAACGACUCUUCUGCGGUGACUUAUCCGCAGGUUCCCGCCUACAAGGCCAAGUCGAGUGUUACAAGGAUACCCUGAAGACUUCCCUGAGGCGCCUGCAUAUCAACACAGACAACCGGGAAGACCUCACCCGCGACCGACCGACCUGGCGGAGAACAGUGAAGACCGGCGCAGGGAUCUACGACGCGAACCGCAUCGCCGCCGCCAAAGCCAGACGCGAGGCUCUUAAAUUUCAAUUGCCCCCAACUCGCAACGCAAACGCUCAACCACCCUCCGACCUGUCCACGCUAUCCGCGGACGUUCCCGGUACCAAACAGUCUCAUUGGACAUCUUUGUACCAACUGCGGCACCCGGAAGACACCACCCGAUGUCCUCCCGUCCAUAUUUGCCUCGCCCUCCCUCCCCCACGCUGA